AUGGAUCAGCAACGACGACAAGGGAAAAUAUCGUUCAUUCCUGACAUCGCCGGUGCCCGGUUGCCGGACAAUUGGAAGAACUUGGCUUUGGAAAGGUAUGACGGAACCACUGACCCCGAGGAACACCUUGAUUCCUUCGUCACACAAGUUGGUUUAUAUACCGACGAAGAUGCGGUCAUGUGUAAGGUCUUUCCUAGAUCGUUGAAAGGACCAACAUUGAGUUGGUUCACAAGAAUCUCCACAGGAUCGGUAGACUCGUUUGCAACCUUAUCCUCCCGAUUUGUGAUACAAUUCGCUACGAGCCGACCCCAUCAGCUCACCUCCAUCGCGUUGGUCAAUAUUCGCCAGGAAAAGAAGGAACCUCUAAGAACCUUCAUGGAACGGUUCAGAAAGGUGCCCCUAUCCAUCCGAGACCUAGACCCAUCGGUGGCAAUGCACCACCUCACCAUGGCAUUAAGGCCAGGACCCUUCGUAAACAACCUAUGUAAGAAGCCACCCCGAUACCUAGAUGACUUGAGGCAGAGAGCCACCAAGUACAUGCAGAUGGAAGAGUUGGCCGAAUUCAGGAACCAGAACUGGCCCAACCUCUUCCUCGAGAAAAAAGAAGCUGAAAAGGAGCAUCCUCCAAGGUCUCUCCCUCGAGACGCACCUGAUCGGGAGAGGAAUAAUAGGGGACCCAAAUAUGCACAAUACACGAUGCUUAACACCAGCAGGGCCAAGGUGUUGGAGCAGGCCCUGGCCACAAAGAUCCUCAUAGUGCCCCGUCGUGCAAUGACUCCGCCCCACGCGGACAAGACCAAAACAUGUCAAUUUCACAGAAACAGGGGACACACCACCGAGGAGUGCACAACCCUUCGAGAUUGUAUUGAAGACCUCGUUAAAUCAAGGCAUCUUCGAAGCUUCACUCAACCCUCGGGCAGAAAGAGAUAUGAUAGUUACCAUGAUAAGAGGGAGUCCGAAAGGGGAAACUGCGAAAGGGCACCUCCAAGGUAUAGAUCCCGAGAACGCAUCAAGUCUCAAGAAAGGAACGAUCAGCAAUGA